GAGAGAGACAAAGCGCAAGCUGAAAUGAACCAAGCAUUAGAAAAGCAAAAAGCAGAAUUAGAAUCAGCUAAACAAGUCGAACUUGAAAGAUUAGAAGCCAAUCGAGUAACUGACUUGGAAAGUCAGAAAUUGGAAAUGCAAACAGUUCAAAAGACCGAGCUCGAGAAAUUUGCAAUGGAAAUGGACGCAAUGAAAGAAGCAGAACUCGAAGAACAAAAGAGAGAGUUUGAGAUGGCACAAAAGGUAGAGUUAGAGACGCAGCGUCUUGAAAUCAUGUCCAUGAUCGAGACUGCUCUAGAAAAACAAAAGGUAGAUAUUGAAGCCACAAUGCAAGCUGAACUUGACAAGCAAAAGAAUGAAAUUGAAGCUGCCAAAUUGUCUGAAUUGCAAAAGCAAAAGGCCGAAAUUGAACAAGCUAAGGAUAACGAAUUGGAAAAGCAAAAGAUCGAGUUAGAAGCGAUCAGAAUGAGAGAAUUAGAACAAAAGGUGGCUGAAAUGGAGACAACGAAAAAGACAGAGAUUGAA